CUCUCCCGGCUGGGGACGUGCGUGCGAGCGCGCGCGUGGGGGCUCAGUGCCCCACGCGGGUCCAUGAACACCAGGAGCGCUGCAUCCCCCUAUGUCGUUGUACAUGUAGGGGGAGGGGGCGCGCGCUAGGUGGGAGGGCACCAGGAUAGAGUCUCACCGCCCACGCGGGCCCUGCCCACCCACCGAAGUCACCGCACGUACGAUCUGGGCCGACCAGAGAAGGGCGGGAGUCAGAGGAGGAGGCCUAGGGGGCUGGGCUUGCGCUGUCGCUAGAGGCUGAAGUUUGUUCCCGGCCGCUGGUCCCCAACGAACUGGAAGUUGGGGCAGCGGGGGCGGGAGACAGAGCCCCACCGGCAGCGGGGUGCUCGGACCUUGGACCAGGAGAGGGCAGAGAGCACGGAGGGGGGCAGGGCACAAGCAAGAGAGGGGGCUUGCUGUCACUGCCAUCCGGUCUCUUCGGCCUUAGCCGCGAGUUUGGGAAAAGUUUCGGGGUGGAUUGCUGCGGGGACCCCCAGUUCCUGGCGGGCCACCUGCGCCGCGCCACCCCCGCCCAGCCCCGCUCGCGUCCCGCUCGGUGCCCGCCCUCCCCCGCCCGGCCGGGCGCGCGCUGCGCGGAGCCGAUUACAUCAGCUCGGGCCUGGCCGGCCGCGUGUUCCCGGAGCCGCGGCUGCCGGAGCCCGGAGCCCAGAGCGGCUAGCGGCGCCCCUCCCCCCCGCCGGCCCUCCGCGGGAAGGUGACCUCUCAAGUGGUCCCAGGCUGCGCCCAUGACAGAAGGCGAGCAAGAUUCCAACGUGAUGAAGUUCAUGGACGUCUACCAGCGCAGCUACUGCCAUCCGAUGGAGACCCUGGUGAACAUCUUCCAGGAGUACCCUGAUGAAAUUGAGUUCCUCUUCAAGCCAUCCUGUGUACCCCUGAUGCGAUGCUCAGGCUGCUGCAAUGAUGAAAGCCUGCAAUGUGUGGCCACUGAAGAGUCUAACGUCACCAUGCAGAUUAUGCGUAUCAAACCUCACCAAGGCCAGCACAUAGGAGAGAUGAGCUUCCUACAGCACCACAAAUGUGAAUGCAGACCAAAGGAAGAUAAAGACAAGCAAGAAACAAAAUCAGUUCGAGGAAAGGGAAAGGGGCAAAAACGAAAGCGCAAGAAAUCCCGGUAUAAAUCCUGGAGCGUUCCCUGUGAGCCUUGCUCAGAGCGGAGAAGGCAUUUGUUUAUACAAGAUCCGCAGACGUGUAAAUGUUCCUGCAAAAACACAGACUCGCGUUGCAAGGCGAGGCAACUUGAGUUAAACGAACGUACUUGCAGCAUGUUAGAAGGGAAAGGCAGCCUGGUACCUGGGCCUGCAACUACCAACCAGCUCGAGAGAGAUGAAGCCUCCAGCCAAGGCCAGGAGGUGGGCAUGGGGAAUGGAGAUGUUCCGUCACCUGCCCAGGGCCCCAGGCCCCUCCUGCUCCACUCCCUCGGAAGCCUCGGGUCCCCAGAUGUGACAAGCCAAGACGGUGAGCUGGGCGAGAGGAAGGAGCCUCCCUCAGGGUUUCAGGAACCAGAUGUCUCACCAGGAAAGACUGAUACAGAAUGACUGAUCUAAAGCCACGCUGCCGCCACCACACCACCAUCACCAUCGACAAGACAGUCCUUAAUCCAGCAACCUGAAAUGAAGGAAGAGGACACACUCUGCGCAGAGCACUUUGGGUCCGGAGGGCGAGACUCCGGCAGAAGCAUUCCCGGGCGGGUGACCAAGCACGGUCCCUCUUGGAAUUGGAUUCGCCAUUUUAUUUUUCUUGCUGCUAAAUCACCGAGCCCGGAAGAUUAGAGAGUUUUAUUUCUGGGAUUCCUGUAGACACACCCACCCACAUACAUACGUUAUAUAUAUAUAUAUAUAAUAUAUAUAAAAAUAAAUAUAUAUAUUUUAUAUAUAUAAAAUAUAUAUAUUCUUUUUUUAAAUUAACAGUGCUAAUGUUAUUGGUGUCUUCACUGGAUGUAUUUGACUGCUGUGGACUUGAGUUGGGAGGAGAAUGUCACCCCCAGAUCCUGACAGAGAAGAGGAUGGGACAAAAGACUCUGGCACAAGCUUUUUUUGUCCCUCUUAGGGGGGACCAGGGUCCUCUCCCCUGUCUGGGAAUGUACAAGGCCAGGGCAUGGGGGCAAAUAUGACCCACUUUUGAGAACACCGACAAACCCAGCCCUGGCCCCAAGCCUCUGCCCUCAGUCAAAUGGACAGAAAGAUGUGUGACAGGUACAGUGACGAUGCUGGCUCUGACUAGGAGUUUGGGGAGCUUCAGGACAUUGCUGUGCUUUGGAGAUCCUCUCCACAUGUUGCAUGGGCAUCUUGCCCCUAGGGGCAUUGUCUGGAAGAUUCAGGAGACUGCCUGGCAUUCCUCUACUCUCACCCACUUCCUAGAUGCCCAAGAGGCCACUGACAGAUAUCCUGGCAAAGAAAAGAGAGAUGUUGAUGGAAGAAGCAGCCUGGAGACAGCUCCUCCUGGGACCCAAACCUGGUCCACUUACUUCUCCCCUUCCUGGGGUAUAGCCCAGGGGGACCUAAUGUCCUCAGACCAUUGAAACCACUAGUUCUGUCCCCCCCGCCCCCCGCCUAGGAGACCUAGCUGUGUGUGUGAGUGGUCAAUCCUCCUCCAUCCCACAACCCUUCCCUUCCUGAGGCACAGAGAGACAGGGCAGGAUCCAUGUGCCCGCUGUGGUGGCAGAGAAAAGAGAAAGUGUUUUAUACGUGUAUACGGUACUUAUUUAAUAUCCCUUUUUAAUUAGAAAUUAAAACAGUUAAUUUAAUUAAAGGCUAGGUUUUUUCAGUAUUCUUGGUUAAUAUUUAAUUUCAACUAUUUAUGAAAUGUAUCUCUUGUUCUCUCUUGCGCUCUCUUAUUUGUAUUGGUUUUUAUGUAUAAAAAUCAUGUUUCCAAUCCCUUUCUCCCUGAUCGGUGAUAGUCACUAGCUUGUCCUGAACAGAUAUUUAAUUUUGCUAACACUCAGCUCUGCCCUCCCCUUUCCCCUGGCUCCCCACCACACAUUCCUCUGAAAUAAGAUUUCAGUAUACAUCUACAUACUAUAUAUAUAUUUGGCAACUUGUGUUUGUGUAUAUAUAUAUAUAUGUUUAUGUAUAUAUGUGAUUCUGAUGAAAUAGACAUUGCUAUUCUGUUUUUUAUAUGUAAAAGCAAAACAAGAAAAAUAGAGAAAUCUACAUACUAAAUCUCGCUCCUUUUUUAAUUUUAAUAUUUGUUAUCAUUUAUUUAUUGGUGCUACUGUUUAUCCGUAAUAAUUGUGGGGGGGAAAGAUAUUAACAUCACGUCUUUGUCUCUAGUGCAGUUUUUCGAGAUAUUCCGUAGUACAUAUUUAUUUUUAAACAACAACAAAGAAAUACAGAUAUAUCUUAAAAAAGCAUUUUGUAUUAAAGAUUUUAAUUCUGAUCUCAAAA